AUGGCCAUUUAUAACAAUACAGUAAAGCCUAUUAAUGGUAUGGAUCUGUGGUCAACAAGUGGUGAACCCUCAAUCCUUCCCCCACAGUACUCAAGGCAGCCAAGGAGGCCAAGGACAAAGAGGAUGAAGGAUGUAUCUGAGAAAGCAGAAGUUGGUGGUAUCAAGCUUGAUAAGUCCAAUACUCAGAGAAAGAGACCCGCAACUAAGAAUGAGCUGAGGCAUAAGGUAAAGAUAAGGGCAGAAAAACUGAAGGCAGCAGCAGUAAAAGGAUCAAAUGCUUUAAGCAAGCCAAAAGGUAGACCUCCAAAGCCUUCAGCAACUUCUGCCCCAGCAACAACAAAUGCUAAAGCUCCUCCUGCUACAACAAGGUGUAAACCUCCAGCCAAGCCAUCAUCAUCUUCUAAGCAAGCAGCUCCGAGUAGGUCAUCUAGCAUAAUCAGAGAUAAUGCAAACGAUGGGAAAAAGUAG